CUUGACGCUACACGUGCAAUGAUGAGAGGUGUCCGAUCAGGAAAUCUCCCACCAGAGACACUCGAACAACACCCUGUUUUUCGAAAGAUUGUUAGACAAUGUCGAGAAAUGUUUGAUGCGAAAAUCAGUAUGCUCAGUAUCAUCACAGACGAAUCCCAAAUAUUCUUGGCUGAGUCAGGUCUCACCCCUUUGCGAGCUGCCCCGCGUGAAAUUACCGUUUGUGCUCAUACUGUUUUGAGUGGACGUAAGGGAUUCACUAUAUUGGACACUAAAAAGGAUUGGCGUUUUGCUGCUUCGCCCCUAGUCGAACAUUACCGUGCCCGGUUCUACUCAGGUGUGCCUCUCAUGGCGCCCAACUUGGACGGAGCAGUAGAAUCGGAGGAGGCAGCCUGUCCCAUCGGUACUCUAUGUGUCAUUGACGACAAGCCGCGUGAAGAGUUUGGUAUCGAAGAGCGCAAGAAGCUUGUGUACAUGGCUGAGUAUGCACGUCGUGAGAUUGAAGAAUGGUUCAAGAGUAAAUUGGCUGUGAAGAUGGAGGUCCUCGAAGAAUCGUCCAUGAGGCAACCGGCGACAGUACUUUGACAUCCACUCCUCCCACCUCACUUUCAGAUGAAGGAUCUAUAUCCAAAGCAUCAGCCCCAGUCAUCUUUCAGGGACCGAGUUUAUUUGAUGACCCAACUAGCCUCAUCAAGCCAAACAUGCAAAAGGUGUUUGAUCUGGC